GCUGAUGUUCAGGUCCCAUCAAGCUUCUCUGCCUGUUUUAUGACUUCAGGCUGAAAUUCACACUGUUGACUUUAAUUUUUGCGCAGUUGCUUUCUUCCGUCUUCCAUGUCAUUUCCUGUGAUAAAAAUGGUGGUCACAGCUCGGAGAGGCGACUGAGUCGCUGCAGAAAUUAACGGGAAACUUUGCAUCAGCGGGCAGCCGCGGAGCCAGCGGCCGGGGGUCGGUGCUCGGCGGCCGGGGCAGAGCAGAGCCUCACCCGGGACAGACGCGUGUGUCCCCGCUGCGUGUGAGCAGAAGAGGGCUGUGACGUGGACGACGUGCAGGUUUGCUACCAACAUGGUUCCAACAUGAGCGAGCAGUCGUUGGACCUCUGGUUCUGCGAGGAGUGCCAGGACUAUUUCCAGAAGGAGUGUUCGUCUCACGGACCCCCGCUGUUUGUCCCUGACACACCGGCAGCCCCGGGGUCGGCCAACAGGGCGGCACUCACGGUCCCAUCUGGCCUGGAGGUCUUCACCGAGGGGGACGAGGUGGAUGUUCGCUGCCUGGAUCCGAGCUUCCCCAGAGGGGCAGUGUUUGGUCCGUACGAGGGAGAGCUGGUGGCCAAGGACAAAUCCUCCGGAUUUUUCUCCUGGAUAAUUGUUGAUUUUAACAACACGUAUCAAUCCAUCGAUGGCAGCGAUGAGACCAAAGCCAACUGGAUGAAGUUUGUGCGGACCUCGUCGGAGGAGAGCGACAGGAACUUGACGGCGUUUCAACACGGUAAAAACAUCUACUUCAGAGUGUGCCGGGAGCUGGCGGCCGGAGAGAAGCUGAGGGUCUGGUACAGCGACGAAUACAUCCAACGACUUCACUGUGUUUCUCAGGAGAGCAUCGACCGCAACCUGGACGCAGAUUCGGGGAAGCCAGCAGUCCUGCCCAACAUUCAGAGGGACUUUAAAUCUCCCUGCCUGCAGUCAGCUCUGCAGGGCAAACCCAGCCCCAGUAAACAACCCAGCGAAGACGCAGACGGCCAGCCUCCUGCCAAGAGGAAGAAGAUCGACCUCAUCUUCAAAGACGUCCUGGAGGCUUCUCUGGAGGACUCCAGCAAGUCCAGGUCCCCGUCCUCCGUCCACACUGAGUGUAAAACACCACUUGGGUUGGGGUUUAACUCGUUUAACGUUCCUAACCUGAAGGUGGAGGAGAAAGAGGAGGAGAACCAGACCAGCGAGGAACCCUCUACCUCCUUCUGCCCCAACUGUGUCAAACUGAGGAGGAGGAUCCUGGAGCUGGAGGAGGAGCUGUCCCGUCUCAGAGGAGAACAGGGGGACGGAGUCCGUCCAUCAAUGUCUGAACAGGUCCUGUCCCAACACGACCAGGCACCACCCCAUCCUGAACAAGGCCCCAUCGAAGACUUUCAAGGGAUGGAGCCCUUGACACCCACUCAGGUGGUUCUGGAUGAAGAUGACCAGGACGUGGACUCAGCUGAUGAGUCGAUUGCUGCAGAUCUCGUGAUUUCUCCAGAGGACUCUUCGAAACUUUCGUCAGGAGGAGGUCGACGGAUUCGUCGCUUCAAGCAGGAGUGGCUGAAAAAGUUCUGGUUCCUUCGCUACUCGCCGACCCUGAAUGAGAUGUGGUGCCACGUCUGCCGCCAGUACACCGUCCAGUCAUCUCGCACCUCAGCCUUCAUUAUCGGCUCCAAGCAGUUUAAGAUCCACACCAUCAAGCUGCACAGCCAGAGCAACCUCCAUAAGAAGUGUUUGCAGCUGUAUAAGCUGCGCAUGCAUCCAGAAAAGACCGAAGAGAUGUGCAAAAACAUGAUGCUGCUGUUCAACGCAGCGUAUCACUUGGCCCUGGAGGGACGGCCAUUCUCCGACCUCCGUCCACUGGCAGAGCUUUUAAAGAAGUGUGACCUCAAAGUGGUGGACCAGUAUAUGAAUGAAGGAGACUGUCAGAUCCUCAUCCACCACAUUGCCCGGGCUUUAAAAGAAGACCUGGCUGAGAAGAUGCGUCUGUCUCCCUUCCUAAGCGUCAUAAUGGAUGCACAAAAUGACGACCUUUUCUCAGACAUGGUGGCAGUUUACGUCCAGUUCAGUACCAAUGAGGGCUCCACCAACACAGAGUUCCUGUCCCUGCAGAGACUGAGCAUGGCCAGUGUGGACGGAUAUCUCCAGGCUAUGGAUCGAGCCUUCGGCGUCCUUGGCCUCAGGUUUCAGGACUUGCUGGUGGUUGGUUUGGGGGCAGACGGCACUAACAUCUCCUCAGGAAUGAGAGCGAACCUGUACAUAGCUGUGCAAAAGACUUUUCCCUGGAUCCUCUGUCUUCCCAUCAUGAUCCAUCGGCCUCACCUGGAGGUUCUAGAUGCCAUCAGCGGUAAAGAACUCUCCUGCCUGGAGGAUCUGGAAAACAACCUCAAGCAGCUCCUCAGUUUCUACCGCUACUCCCCUCGCAUGAUGGCCGAGCUGCGAUCCACUGCUCCAACACUGUCAGAGGAGACAGAGUUCCUAGGAGACAUCAGAGCCAUACGAUGGAUUAUUGGAGAACCAAAUGUCCUUAACGCACUCAUCAAAGAUUACCUGGAGGUAGUCGCCCACCUGAAGGAGAUCAGCAGCCAGACACAGAGGGCUGAUGCGGCUGCCAUCGCUCUCACCCUCCUCCAGUUCCUCAUGGACUAUCAGUCAGUAAAGCUCAUCUAUUUCCUUCUGGACAUCAUAGCUGUUCUCUCUCGAUUAGCUUUCACCUUCCAGGGAGAGUACCUGCUGGUGUCACAGGUGGAAGCCAAAAUAGAGGAUGCCAUUCAGGAGAUUGGCCAGUUGGUGGACUGCCCUGGAGAGUAUCUGCAGGAGUUUGAAGAAAAUUUCCGUGAAAGUUUCAACGGCGUUGCUCUGAAGAAUCUGCGUGUUGCUGAAUCCAAAUUUCAGUCUAUCCGAGAAAAGAUCUGCAACAGGAGCCAAGGCAUUCUGUCUCAGAGACUGGACCUGCAGAGCCGCUCAUUCGCCAAAGCCUGCAAGGUCCUGGACCUGUCCACCUGGCCGCACAACCGGGAGGACCUAAAGGCCUACGGGGAGGAGGAAAUCCAGAUGAUAUUCAACCAUCUGGAGUCGAUUCCCUCAGCGGUCCAGGAGGGCUCCCAGGCCAGGGACAGCCUUGUGGUGGAAUGGAAGGACCUGAAAGCAGACUACUACAGCAUGAAUGGUUUUAAAGAGGUCAUCAGUCACAUCUGCAGGUACAAGCAGCGUUUUCCUCUGCUCAGUCGGAUUGUGCAGGUUGUCAGGGUCCUGCCCAGUUCCACGGCCUGCUGUGAUAAAGGACGGGGGUCUCUACAAAAAAUGUGUAAGAACAAUCGCUCCCGGCUGACCCUGGAGCAGAUGAACGACCUGCUGACUGUCGCAGUUAACGGACCGCCCAUCACAAACUUUGACGGGAAGCGAGCGCUGGACGGCUGGUUUGAGGAGAAGUCUGGCAGCAGUUACUCUCUGUCAGCUGAGGUAUUGAACAGGAUGUCAGCUGCUGAUCAGAAGUCCGUAUUGCACAGCGUCGAUGUUGACACAGAGUUCUACCCGGACAUCUAACAGGAGAACCCAGGAGAACAGCAGUGAUAGGCUGCCCCUAAAAAAAAGGAAUAUCUGUCUUAGGCCUCAAACAUGCUCCACACAAGUACACAAAUGCACAAGCAAAAUUGAUUUCACCUGUUUUACGGUUUUGAAAGUGUGUCACCUGAAGAUUCCUAACACUAUGCAAGUGUGAGAUGCGUAGUGGACGCGCUAUAGCAUGACACAAGAGAAAGACCACCUUUCAUUUGUGUGAAAGGUCAAAACAGUCCUGCUGAGCAGUUCAAGAAGUUGGAGUUGAACUUUGUCUCCUCUUCAUUCAGAUAAGAAUUCUCCGUCCUUCCCCUGUAAGCGAUUCAAAGGUCGCACAUCGCAUCUUCUGUGUUUCUUUUUUUCUUUCUUCUGUGCAGUUAAUACAGCAGUACACAUUCCAUGUUUGUUUACUACUGUGGUCAUAGAAACGUUCUCAUUAGCUCUAACUAGCCUAUAUCAAAUAUGUCGACCAGAGUUGCACAUCUGCACCGGCUGGGCCAGGUGCUGCCAUUUGUGUUAGUAUACUUGUGUGGAGCAUUUUUGGAGCUUUAAUCCACUUUUCCCCCUGUUGCUCUACUCCCAACUGUGGCAUCUGCUGCCUCAGACUUUAACAUGAUAGGCCCAGCAUAUCCAUUUAUUUGUAGAAGUAAAAUAAAUCAGGGUGAUUGCUACAUUUGUGAGUUUUGCAGUCACAGAAGCACAGAUUCUAAGUGGGCAUUCAGACUGAAAAGUCCAGCAAUUAAAUAAUGCACCAGGCUGUGGUAGUGUGGACAGUACCGGUGAAGAUGAAAAUACAAUCAAGAAGGUCGGUUUAUAUAAAGUUUAAAGGCUGUCAGAUUUGUAAUACUGGGGCAGGAUUUUAUAUGUUACCAUGGCAACAAUCAUUUUGUCCUGAUUGUCGAGUUUUAUGCUGACAGCAGAAUUAUUCACGCUCAAUGACCCUGCAUUCUUUUACUGGAGCGAUGACACUUUACUUUAACCUCCCUAUUUAGCAUUUAUAAACGGUAUAUAAACUUAAUAAGUGGUUUAUAAGACACUAUAAUGUAGUUGUAAGAAGAUAUAAGGACAUUUUACAUUUAUUAAUGUAUUUGUAAAAAAUUCCUGUAAAGCAAAAGCUGGCGGAAAAUCAGGGUAGUGUGUGUUGCUGUUGCUCGUGCAGCUAAUCGGGUGACUAAAAAAAUGUCUUACUUGCAUU